AUGGAAGUGGAUCUUCUGUCGACCAUCGCCAUCGGCUGCAUAAUCCUCCUGAUAUAUCACUAUAUCAGCAAAAAGUACCAGUACUUUUUGACCAAACCGAUUCCCUGUCUCAAGCCGACCUUCCUCGUGGGUAACAUCGGCGCAACCAUCUUCCGAACCAAGGAUGUCCGGACGCACAUCUACGACAUGUACCGCGCAUAUCCCGAAUCCAAGGUCGUCGGGCUUUACGAGCUUACGAAGCCGAUGUUCAUGGUGCGCGAUCCGGAUCUGAUCAAACAGAUCACCGUCAAGGACUUCGACCACUUCAUGGACCGUUCGCUUCCAUCAAGCAGCAACCGCACCGAAUCCGAUGAGCCCGUUGAAGGUCUAUUCGCCAACUCGCUGGUAGCGUUCCGCGGUCAGAAAUGGAAGGACAUGCGAUCGACGCUGAGUCCGGCCUUUAACGGGAGCAAGAUACGGCACAUGUUCGACCUGAUCGCCGAAUGCAGCCGAUCCAUGGUGGAACACUUCCGAACGGAAGCGACCGCCGGCCGGAGAUUGGAGUACGAACUGAAGGAUGUGUUUUCGAGGUUUUGUAAUGAUGUGAUCGCGACCGUGGCGUUCGGGAUCAAGGUGGACUCGGUGCGCGAUCCUGAAACCGAGUUCUACGUGAAGGGCAAACAGCUACUCGAUUUCCAAUCGGUGAAGAUCAUCGUGAAGUUUCUGCUGUUUCAAACCGUGCCGUGGCUGAUGCGGAAACUGGAAGUGGAUUUCGCGGAUGCAGAGUUGGCGAACUAUUUCAAGGGGAUCAUAAAGGACAAUAUGAGGCAGCGCGAGGUUCAUGGUAUCGUGCGGAACGAUAUGGUACAAAUGCUGAUGGAGGUCCGGAAGGGUACUCUGAAGCACAGCAACGACGACCAAGGGUCGAAGGAUGCCGCCGGAUUCGCAACGGUCGAGGAGUCCCAUUUCGGGAAAUCGACGCACUCACGAGUCUGGACGGACAGUGAGCUGAUAUCGCAGUGCUUCAUUUUCUUCAUAGCUGGACUCGACACCGUGUCGUCCUGUUUGACCUUCUUGACGUACGAGCUGACGCUCAACCCGGACAUCCAACAGCGUCUGUACGAAGAAGUGACUGACACGGAGAAAUCCCUCGAGGGAAAACAGCUCAGCUACGAAGCCCUACAGAACAUGAAAUACCUGGAUAUGGUCGUCUCGGAAACGCUACGCAAGUGGCCCCCCACCAUAGACACGGACCGCUACUCCACCAAAGACUACCUGCUAGACGACGGCGCCGGUUUACGAGUACGCAUCGAGCAAGGCCAGUCGAUCUACAUCCCGAUAGUGGCCAUCCAAAAUGACCCCAAAUACUUCCCCAAUCCGGAGCGGUUCGAUCCGGAACGUUUCAGCGAGGAAAAUCGACCGAACAUCGUCCCGGGAACGUUCAUUCCGUUCGGAGCUGGCCCAAGGAACUGUAUCGGAUCACGGCUGGCCCUGAUGGAGGUCAAGGUUGCUGUGUACUAUCUGCUCAAGGAGUUCAGCCUGGAGCGAACCGAGCGGACGCAGGUGCCGAUCAAGUUGUCCAAGAAGGCAAUCGAUUUGCGGACGGAGAAUGGAGCUUGGGUGGAACUGAAGCCGAGGCGGUUGUAGUUUGAGGGUUUAAUUGUUUCGAGGAUUUAGAGUAAACGUACCUUGUAGUG